AUGUUCCUGCAGGCGUUCGGCAUCUCUUUCACGGCAGUGGGUGCUGCAGAGAAGCAGCCAGAGUACAGGAGGGUGAUUCAGGCCAACCAUGGUUCCCGCCUGCAGCACUUGUAUGAGACUUUGGAGGAUAUGCUAGAGGAGAAUGCAUGUACCAAGCACCCAGAUUGCGAGCAUUGCCGAAUUGAUGCACAGGGAGGCAUCAGCUUGGCACUCACUGGCAGCCCCUGCAAUCCCUUCUCUAGGCAACGAGCAAAACGGUUUCGGGACGAGUCAGUGCUAAAACACCUUAUGACAGAGACCACUAUGUCUGGCGUUGUUGGGCUCUUUCGAAAGUGGGAGCCUCGUGCAGCUAUCAUGGAGCAAGUCCGUGGUUUCGACAUGAAGACCAGCCAGUCAGAUUUGGAAACACCGGUCACGAAGUUUCUGAAGAUCAUGGCCGCCCAGACCUGGAAACACGGUGGAUAUUGGGUUGCCAAGCUGUAUCUGGAUGCAACUGAUUGGAUCCAGAUCAGCCGCCCAAGGACCGCCGUUACGUACUGCAGGGAUGGAUAG